CGUCAAAAUUUGGAUGGUACCUCAAAAUUGCUAGUGCAUAAAAUGCAGUGUUGUGCCCGUUGCGAAAGAAGAGUUUUUUGUACAGACAGAAUCAUAGCGUUAAACAGAGUCUGGCACACCUUUUGCCUCAGCUGCUGCAACUGUGAUAAGUUACUGGAGCCGGCGUCACUAAAAUGCGCGAACGGAGAAAUCUACUGUAAGUGUUGCUACAAGUUUUUGUUUGAUUGCAGAGCUCGGUGCGAGGAGGUUUGCUACGGUACUCCAAUGCCCAAGUGUAGCUGUUGCUGUAAGCCUAACCUGUACUGCCUGAAGCCGGCGUGCCCGAAGAAGACAUGCGCGCCAUGCUGUGAGCCGGUGUGCUGUGCGCCCAAGAAAUGCGCUCCCAAUCCGUGUUGCUCGCAGGUGUGUCCGCCGGUUGUUCCGAGGGAAACGGCGAAUUACUAUAACAGAAACCACCGCCGGUGCAAAUGUUGCCCUCCACCGGAGUGCAUGCAACCGUGUAAGCAAGUGUGCAGCCCCUGCACUGUAAUGGAGCAGUGUCCCCCGAAAAUCUGCUGUGAUUCCGGCUGCGAUCCGGAGCCAUGUUGUAAUUCACCACGUCGUUGUAUUAUGUACCCCCCCAUUAAAUGUUGUGAACCUUACCCUUCAGAGAUAAUCUGCGUGUCACCGAACGCCGACGAUCCACCACGAAGAUGUUGUCCAGCAUCCCGAUCGUGCAGCUGCGCGAAGAGUACGAAUUGCUGCGAGUCGUUCUGUCAACGCUGCUACCAGAAAGUCUACCCAUUUGAACGAAUACCUGCUGCAGGAGGUGUCUUUCACAACUGCUGUUUUACGUGCCACUGCUGCGGCAUGCAGCUAGACAUCGCCAAGUCCUACGCACACUGUGGAGAAAUCUACUGUAGAGGUUGUUAUAAACGGAUGUAUGGGGUGGAACGGUACGGCAUGGAAAAUUAUGGAGUAUAAAUAGCACAACACAUAAAAAUGUAAAUAUCAACUGAACGUAACUUGAAAAUUAAAUGUAACCAAAAAUAA